ACGCCCAAAAUCCCCCCACCAAAACCCCGCCGCCGCCGCGCCCUCGUCUUCGCCGUCCCCAAGCCGCCGCCGCCCCCAUGGCGCCGGAACACGGCAAGCCGGCCUCCUCCGCCUCGUCCUCCUCCUCCUACGAGGACGACACCUCCGGCGACGAACAAGGAGUGGAGGCACAGCUCCCGACCCAGAACAUUCCUAUCCCGCCGCCGGCGUGCCAAGAAAGCGGCGGCAAGGAGGAGGACGACGAAGACAACGACAGCGAGGAUAGCGAGGAGGAAGGAGAGGAAGGCGGCGACGACUCCAUCAAGCGUCAACUCCCGCCGCCCCCGCCUCCGCCGGCAGCGGCGCGCCAAGAAAGCGUCGGCGAGGAGGACGAAGACGACGACAGCGAGGCCAGCGAGGAGGAGGGAGAGGACGGCGGCGGCGACCCCAUCAAGCGUCAACUCCCGCAGCAGCAGCAGCAGCAGCCGCCGCCGCCGCCUCAGCGAGGUCCCGAGGGCUCCGACGGAGAAGGCUCCGAGGACUCGUCAGACGACUCCGACUCCGACUCCGAUUCCGAAGAAGUCGAGUCGGCGCCGGAACCACGGACCCACGUGCCUUCCCCCGAUCUCACCAAGCCGUCCCUACUGAAGCGGACGGCGGAGGCGGCCGGGAUCGCGGAAUCGUCCUCAUCGAACAAGAGGGUGCCGGCGGCCGCCCUUAGCAAGCUGCUCCCCCCCGAAGCCGGCGGCGAAGGAGGUCGCCAAGCCGCUCGCGCUGGAGAAGACGGCGGCGGUGAAGGAGGUCGCCAAGCCGCUCGUGCCGGAGAAGCCGGUGGUGGCGAAGCAGGUCACCAAGCUGUGCUCGCGCCGGAGAAGACGGCGGCGGCGAAGGAGGUCGCCAAGCCGCCACUGCCGAAGAAGAAGCCGCCCCCGCCGAAGAACAAGGCUGCAGCUGCUGUGGCGAACCACGCCAAGCCACCCAAGAAGGCAGCGGCGGCGGCAGAGGAGAAAUCUACUGCUGCUGCGGUGGCGGUGGCGGCAGCAACGGCCAUCGCCAAGUUGCCAGUUGCACAGGGAACAGCAGACGCCCCUUCAGGACCAGAGGAUAACCAGGUGCAGAAGUGCAGGCGCUUGAAGGAGAAGAGCGAGAAGUACUGCUUCCUUUGGCAGCUAAAACAGGCACUGGAAGUAGAGCUCAAGCAGCCACCAAGCAUGUUUGAUGACGCCUUCCUCAAUAUGGAUGACGCCGAGGCUACCAUGCUGAACAAUAAGAUCAAGAAACAGAUGGUGGACGAGUGCCGAUUGCAACUUAAGCGUUUUGACAUCAAGAAGCUUGUCAACAAGGCGAUGUGCGACUUGAUGUAGUGAUGUUGCAGGAAUGGAGCAAGCUGCAAAGGCUAGGUCGGAUUUUGGUCAGAUUGCUUUUGUGUUGCUGAUUCUUCUUAGAAUUGUGAAACCUAUGCUGCUGGCGAUGCAUUUUGGUCCAGGAUGGCAGAUUUUUUUUUUAAAAAAGGCUAGGCCUACACCCCAAUACCCCAUAUAUAUAGAAGUAAGCUCUUGCUUGACUGGUUUAGGCUUUUUAUGUUCUCUCGUAGAACUAAACUGA